CUAGGAAGUAUAAACAACGAGCGUUUCUAUUAUUGUAUGGAGGAAUAUUUCUCUUCUUCUUUAAAUAAGAAUGAUCAUAUAACUGAACAUCACGUAAACAACGUUGUUGAAGUCAUGGCGUCGAAGUCGACGAAAGCGAGUGCGAAACCAGCAGGGAAAGUAAAGGAAAGCAAAGGUACACAUAAAUCCACGGGUCCGUCACUGAAAGAUGUGGACAAACUACUGAAAGAGAAUGAAGACUUGCGAACACAGCUCCGCGUCGCUUCUGGACAAGUGGCUUACCUGAGGGAAAACUUGGACCCGUCAGCUUUCAGAAAAGCAGCUGGAAUCACAGCGCCAGAUGGAAACCACCUGUACGACGAGGCAUUGAGAAGCGCUGAAAAAAUUAUCAAUAAGCAAAAAUGUGAGCUGGAAGAGUUGCAGAGAAACAAACAGGGGUCAGCUUUCAGAAAAGCAGCUGGAAUAACAUCUCAAGAUGAAAACCACCUGUACGAGGAUGCCAUGAGAAGCGCUGAAGAAAUUAUAAAUAAGCUAACACGUGAGCUGGUAGAGUUGAAAAGAAACAAACAAAGUCAGCCAAACGAGAUGGACGGGAAAACAAGAAACGAAAAGGACGUUUCAAAAGACGGGGAAAAUGCUACAUUGAAAGCAGAAAUAGAACACUUAAAAGAACAAAUUAAAGAACUAACGACACAAUUGUCAGACGCAGAAACAAAUAACAGGCCUGUCAAAGGUACUGCACCAGAUGUACCAUACUCUUCUGAUGAAAUCAAACGGCUCAAAGAUGAAAACGAAAAAAUAACAAAACAAGCGAAGGCAGAUGUCUCGAAGCUUGAAUCAGAACUACAGAAUGUUAAAUCGGAUUUAGAGCAGACGAAACAAAAACUUAACAUUUCACUGGAGGAAGAAAAACGUUUAAACACGGUUGUUGGUGCUCAAAUAGCAGCUGAUAAUCCACACAUCGCCGAACUAAGUGACGAAAGCAGACCGACAAAACUAGCAGAAACCUACUCAGAGAUAUAUGACAACGAGUGGACUGAUGCCUAUGAGGAUAUGGAGAACGAAGGCCUGAAUGAAGGGAAAGCAAUUCAAAAAUUGCUAGGAAUACUUAUGGAUGUCGACGGCGAUUGCAGAUCAAUGGCCAACGACUUUAAAAACAAUAUAAAAAGAGCAGCAUUGAGUUUAAGUGAAAACGGUAGCAACGUGAAAGAAACAAAGAUUGACGUCACACGCAACAAUCUUUUAAAAGAAAUACAGAAAAGCUUUGCCCCACUUCUCGUUGAGGAUGUGUACAAGAACCUGGUAAAGAAGAUUAAGCUAAAACUUCCAAAGAACACAGAGCGCUUUUACAGAAGUUGCGUGGAAUUGUGUUGGUUAAUGAGUGUCCAGGAUCCGCCUGUUGUUUUUGACACACCGAAGACAGGCGGGAAGUUUGACUCGGACAGAUAUAGAACAUACACAAAGAUGGGAAAACAACUGGACUAUGUUGUUUGGCCUCCUAUGUUGCUUCAUGCAGGCGGUCCUUUGUUGGCCAAGGGAGUAGCGCAAGGCAAAUAGAGUGGAACUGACUGAGUGUAGCUUUGAUUUCGGAUAUGUGAUUAAAAUGUGUUACACCUAUUGUAUUGAAUUGGCGUAUGUGUAAAUAUCAGUAUUAUUUACGCCUACUGACAUAGCCGAUGACUACUUUGGCCGCACCUCCAGUGUCACUGACAUGCUACACACCCUCAAAUGGCGCCGCCUAGAUCUCCGGCGCAUUGACUCCAGAUUGUCCCUCAUGUACAAAAUUACUAACCAGUUGGUGGCAAUCCCCAUUCAAGAUUUCCUCAUCCCUCUUACUAGACAAUCCCGCCAUUACCAUCCCUUAUCAUAUAGGUUAAUCUCUGUCAAAACUGACUACUACAAGUAAUCCUUCUUCCCAAGGUCCAUAGUACUAUGGAAUAAUCUCCCCCUAGAUGUACUUCUUCUUCAAACCCUAGAACAGUUCAAUGCUGCUGUCAGCUCCAUUGAACACAGUUCACCAUAACCUGUUCUUCACUCCUAUAUUUAACCUUUUAAACCACUAACAAAUGUUUUCCCUUCCCUUUAUAUUUGUAUUUUGACCGGAAUUCUUUUAACUUCUACUAACAAUCUUUGUGGCUUGACGCGCACAAAAAUGUCUACGUCCCUGUAAAGGGUUCGACAGUACAGGAAGAUAGCCAUGUCAGGCUGAAGUAUUCAAACGCUUUGAAUUUCACUCACCAUGAGCAAUUUAUAACUGUUUUAUAUGGGCGUGUGUAUGUUUCGUAACGGAUUUAGAUUUAAGUUAGGUUGUCAAAUAGCCUUCAAGAUAUCAGAUAAUCGUGUACUUAAGUUUACGGAAUCACUCGAUUAGUGUUAUUAGAGAAGAAUAGGCCACAAACCUCUUAGUACUGCCGUUCUCAUAAAGAAAUAUCAGUUCUCAAUAUUUUAUUUAAUUUCUCUGGUAAGAUUAAUUCAGUUGUCAGGCUGAAAACUAGUACAUGAAGGUAAACACAGCACUUCAACAUAUGAUUGCUUUUGCUUUUUACUUUAUUUUCUUUAUAUUUAGGCUAGGUCGGACGAGGCUUAUGAAUACAAUUAGUUUUCUCUGGUUGUUUAAUGUUUGGACAAGUAUGAUGUUGAAAUUAAUCCCAUAGUGAUGUCCUAGAGUUUUCACUAACCUUUCCUAGGUGGUAACUCUAAAACCAUUAUGUCAAUAAACCAGCUUUGCGUCUUU